AAGCCCUCUCUCGUCAGUCAAUGCUUUCAUUGCUUUGAAUGCAAUCAAAAUUCAUGUGCUUUUCGUUUGUUAUGAUUUUUGGCACUCAUUUCAUGUGAAUGUUUGCCACAACUGUCUGUCCAUAACAUCCAUAACAGCACUCAUAACACACGGCCGAAGAAGUGGCCGAAGAAGUGGCCAACUCUGCGGUCAUGUUCUCGACGUCCACUCAAAACAAGUUUUGGAUGUUUUCAUCCGAAGAAGAGUUGAAUCAAUUGAGAAGCGAUGCGAAUAUGGCGUUCAUUACGGCCCGCGAUGGCCACCAAUUGAUGGAUAACGUUUACGACAAGUAUCUGAGUCCACACGAAGAGUCACUUUUCACCAAAUCAUACGAAACAAUGUUACGUGACUUUUGCCGCAAAUUCUCACCGCCGAUGCCUAAGUCUGUGAUCGGAACGGCGUUUCAAUAUUUUAAGCGCUUUUAUCUCAACAAUUCAGUCAUGGAUUUCCAUCCGAAGCACAUAAUCGUUACGUGUGUUUAUUUGGCCGCAAAAGUGGAUGAGUUUAAUGUAUCGAUGAAUCAAUUUGUGGCCAACGUUAAGGGCGAUCGCGCGAAGGCCUCCGAUAUUGUCCUUAACAAUGAGUUACUUCUUAUGCAACAAUUGAAAUAUCAUUUAAAUGUUUACAAUCCUUUGCGUCCAAUUGAAGGCUUUCUCAUUGACUUAAAAACUCGUUACCCCCAAUGCGGUGAUCCCGAGAAGUUGAGGCCACAUAUCGACCAUUUCAUCGAUAUGUCACUCUUCACAGACGCCUGCUUUCUGUUUAGCCCUUCGCAGAUUGCGUUAUCGGCUGUUGUAUACGCGGCCACCUUGUGGUCAAUGAUUAAGUCGGUGUCGACACCACCCAAAGAACAGGUGAAAGCCAUCGAAAAGAAACUAGAAUUGUGUCGAAAUCAGAUCAAUAAUCCGGACUCUAAUGAAUACAAACGAUCUUUCGAUGAAGAGAUGGGCGAAGAAACGGUCGCUUUUGAAAAGUACGCGAAGCUCUGCGAAGAACAAGAAAAAAAAAUGCAAUACUGGAUAAGGAAUAUGCGAAUAGUGAGAGAACAGGUGAUAGGAAGUGGAGACCAUAGAAAUAUAUUUUGCGCAAAACAAAGUGACAAUUCGUCGCCCAAACACAUAAAUUGGGCGCAGUAUGGCUUAGACACCGAUUCCUAUGAACAGAGAACCGCUUUAGCAUCGGGUGCCGAUGCAUCCCAUGUGCACGGCUUGGCCCACAACGAGCUCUAUCUCGAAGAUCAGGAUGGAUUUGGGAAGCAGUGGUGGAAAUCCAAUUUCUUUCUAUCCCAACCCAUAUUGUUUGGAACCUGGGAUGGAGUCUAUACUUCAUGUGUUAUUCACUUGUUUGGUGUAAUCACUUUCCUGAGGGCCGGUUGGCUUGUGGGAAACGCUGGCAUAGGAUUGUCGAUUGUGAUCAUAUUAAGUAGUGUUGUCAUCUGUUCUCUGGCCGUUUUGGCCGGAAUUGGUAUUUGCGAGCGAAACGAUCAUUUACGACGGGGUAAUGUUCACGCACUCAUCUCCAAUGUCUUGGGCUCCAGAAUAGGGGCCGCCGUUUGCAUAAUAUACAGCUUCGGUCAAGCUGUUUCCUGUGCUCUGCAUGUCAUGGGUUUUGCCGAAACAUUGUCUCGACUCUUGAAUGCAAACGAUAUUUGGGUGGAGAGAGGCAUUGGUGUCGGUCUUGUGGUGCUCUUGUUGUCCAUAAACAUCUUGGGAGUCAAAUGGGUUAUCCGUUUGCAAUUCAUUCUCCUAUUCUUCUUAUUCCUAUCGGCCAUUGAUUUUAUGGUCGGAAUCUUCAUUCGAUACGAUCCUAGCAAUGGAGUGAUUGGAUAUAGCAUUAAGAAUAUCGAGAAUAAUUGGGAACCAAAUACUAAUGAACCAAAAGUAAGUUUAUUUAAUGCUUUUGGAGUGUUCUUCCCGGCGGUGACCGGAGUUAUGGCCGGAAUUAAUAUGAGUGGAGAUCUCCACAAUCCCAGCAAAAGCAUACCAAUCGGCACAUUCAGUGCCAUCGGAACCACUCUAUUCUUGUAUUUGUUGUUUGCACUCGGAUUGGGAGCCACCUGCAGUCGCUCUGCUCUGCUUAACGACUAUAUGAUCGCACAAAAGGCUUCGUCGGUCGGAGUGUUUCUAUUGCUCGGUCUCUACAUAUCGGCCCUCUCUUACAGUUUGGGCUCUCUCUACGCAACGCCGCGUAUUAUACAAAACAUUGCCAAUGAAAACAUUAUACCAGUUAUGAGAGUCCUGUCGGUCGGUCGCGGACCCAAUAAAGUUCCGGUCAAUGCAUUAAUACUCUUCUCGAUCGUGACAUUCAUAUUCAUAAUGAUUGGGAACAUCAAUGUCUUGGCGCCGAUCGUCACAAUCCCAUACCUAUUGACUUAUGCAACCGUAGAGUACGCCUACUUCUCACUGGCCAUGACUUUCGACAUUCAGAUCAACAGAGAGUCCCGAUUCAUGGCCUCCGCAGAAGUGACGAGUCCUACGUUUGACACAUCAGUCAAACCCAAGAGCUCAAAACAUUCAGACUAUGGAUCCGUUAAGAGCAAUGAUUUGGACCGUCUGUUCCCCGAAAGAGUGCAAACAAAGCACAUUAAAGUGAAGCGUCAGGUGAGUAGUCAGAGCAGUAGCCGCUCCUCAUCUGUGGACCGCUCGCCCGACGCACCCAAAGGCCAGACUCACGACCAGAGCGGCGCCAGUAGUGCCGACGAGUCGUUUGACAGCACCGAUAGCUCUGUCGGACACGACCCCAGAGCCGAUCCAAACGAGAUUAAAAGCAAACAAAACGUCUGGUAUUCGUGUCUAAUAAACCGAUGGGUUAUUAUAAUUGGGGCCAUAAUUAAAGUGAUUAUCAUGUUUUUGGUUCAGUGGGGGUACGCGUUGUCGGCAUUCAUAACAUUCAUAUUCCUCUGGUAUUACAUCGGAGCCAUAAAUCCGGGACUCUUUCCCGGAAUAUCCGAAUUCAAAAUCUAUCCCUGGAUUAAAGCACGUGUCCUGACGUGCUUCGGGAAAAAGGUCGUGGAGUACGACCAGAUGGUAGUGCCGACCGGCGCACCGAACAUGCAUUUCCAAUCGGAUCAGUUGACUAAACAAAACACCGACUUUUCGGCCCGAGAGCCAUACCAUCAGUCGUCUACCUCUCAAUACAAGGCAAACAAUUUGACAAACAAUUAAAGUAAUCAAUCAAUCAUUAAAUUGUUAUCCAUUUCUUAAAUCAUUAUUUAAACAAAUUAAUCAGAAAUUUAUUGUUAAAUAUUAAGUGUUUUUUAUCUAAAAAUAUAUCAAUUUUAC